GAUCAUCGCUGGUCGAAACCGCCGUCGUAUGUCACGGACUCCCACGCAUGGCGGUUCACUUCUGAUAGUGCUGGCAAGUUGGGCAUUGCCUUCGGUGAGUGGGUUGGCAAGGUGGAAGAGUUCUUCAGCCACCUGCUCGACGGUGCGGGUCUGGACAAAGACAGCAAGGAGAAAACAGCUUGGUGCAGGAAGCUGCGGCAGCUCAGCACCGCCACGAACGACACCAUCAGGCGCUACAAGGACGAGAGCAGCAAGAUUGCGGCCAGCUUGCAGCGGAUGGAAUGUUAUUCCCAGUAUCUGGCUUUCUCUCAAUGGGCGGAGGAGCAGUACGUGGCGGCACCUGGGAAGCUGUUUAGACUGAUCAAGGACAAGGCCACUUCGAAGGACGAGUUCGAGGAAGGCCAGGUGAUAUCGUCGGACCCCCUCACGGCGAUGGGUAUUCGGGCUAAGGUGUGGAAGAAGAGGUGGAGCGACCAGCAGCUGGACAUCGGCCAGGUCUCCUUACUCUUGGGACGUGCUAGGGCUCGUGCUCGUGAAGAUGCUUUCCCUCUCUUCGACUUGGAGGCGCUGGAAGACGGUAUCCGAAGGAUGAAGGGCACUUCGGCGAAGGGCAUUGAGCAGUUGGGGAAGAAGGACCUCAUCUGGCUGCCCGAGCAAGGUAAGCAGGAGCUGGUCCAGCUUUUUCAACUUAUCGAGCAGUCAGUGGCAUGGCCUUGGCAACUUACGGUGGUUCUGGUCACUCUCCUACGCAAGCCGAGCGGUGACGACAGGGCCAUUGGUAUAUUAUCGACCUUGGCGAGGCUCUGGUCGAGUUGUCGAGGCGAGUACCGUGUCAGCUGGACUAAGGCAAAGGCUGGGCAUUGGGAUGCAGCAGUGGCAGGUUCCUCAGCCUUGCGUGAGGCCUUAGCUCGCAGUUACCUGGACGAGACGGUCGCGCUCACCACGAUUAAGGAUUGGGUGCAGGCCAGCGUGCUGUGGGACAUUGAGGGGUUUUAUGACGCUCUUAAAUGGCAGCUCUUACUGGAGACGGGUAUGGAGCACGAAUUUCCACCGUGCAUCUUGGCUUUGGCCGGUUUGGUGAUAUCGGCAAAGUCGACGAUCGUCACCAACAAUGCUGGGCUAGGCAAGGAAUUAAAACGAGGCUUCGCCAAGGAGGGCUUCGAGGUCAAGAUCGAGAGUGUCGCCACCGACUUGGGCAUCGAUCGAGGUGCGGUUGGUUUUCGGCGUCCGAAGCAGGCACAGCGGCGAAGAGGUGCUCAGCAGCGUUUCACUCGCGUCAAGCGGUUUGCUCAAGGGGCUGUUCGUAAGAAGAUCGGCGCAAAGCUGGCCAUGAUGGGAGUUCUUCCGAUGGCUGAUUACUCUGACAAAGUCUUUGGAGCGGCUCCGUCGGUCAUCAACGGGUGGAGGAAAGCUCUGGGACAGACUCUGGCAAAGAAAUGGCCAGGUCGUUGCCUCACCACUCUGUUACAACUUCGUGUCGGCCGCAAGGACCCUCAGUACCAGAUCGUGCACAGGCUGGUGGAAUCUUGGAUGUCCAUUAUCUUCAAACCAGGCUUCGGUCUAGAGUUG